AAGUCUAAAAUCAAUCAAUCCUGAUCUCUUAACGAAUACAAUCUCUCUCCGCCAUGGCAGGCAUGGAGGAAACUCAGGACAGUAGGGGAAGGUUUACUUGCGAACUUUUUGACGAGCUCAGUCGCAAAUGGGCAGAAGAAGACGGUGAGAAGGCACGCCGACCAGGCCCCGAUGGUUUGAAACCAGGGUGGGUUAUGGGUUCUUAUUUCUACAGUAUGGGUGCCAAUGGUGAGAUGAGUGAAGGAGGCAGCAAGCAACCUGUUCCCAUGUUUUGUUAUUUAUGUGGCAAGGUAUGUGACCACUGGCCUAGAACUUGCCCCUCCAAGAUUCUUUCAGAGUCUACAAUCAUUUCUAAACCACCUGAGAACAAGAUGCCACCGCCCACCACAAGUUUUCCAUGCCAAGAUUCUGUUUCCUGUCUGGAUGGUGUGCAUUCAGCUAAAUAAAUUGUACUUCUGUUAUGCUAUCUCUUAGAUGUUUCCUACCUUUUACUUUGUCUGUUUUCAUGAGUAGCGUGUUUACUAUGUUUGAACAAACCUCUUCAUCUA